UUCGUCUUGCGCUCAUUCAUUCGGUCAUUCAUUCGCCUUUUGAAUACCGCUUCGAACGGUUGUGUCUACAUCUUUGCACAACGAGUUCGAAAAAUAACUAAGCUCCGCGCGAAAACAGUAGGAAAUUAAAACUAGAAUAUUUCUGGUAAAAACAUUUAUCAUUGGAUACAAUAAUUUUAACACGAAUCGUGAGAAGAGGAAGCAAACAAUUAAUACUAAAAUAAAAUAUAAAAACGAGAUCUACAACCCGCGCGUUUUUCGAUUAAUGAAUUAAAAAUAAGUGUGCGUGCUACAAGUGGAAAUAAAACUCGAUUUCUGGGCCCCCGACUUUUGGUUGCAACACACUUUAUAACGGGAAGUGGCUCAACAAGUGGCUCGGGGAUUAUCUAAUAAAGCCCUCCUACCGAAAAUCAUACUUAAAUAAUAUAGAUUAUUAUACGGGCAGAAAGCAACAAAUAAAAUAUACAUAUAUCAAUUUUAAAACAACCAAAGGCCCCCAUGUGUAUGUGUGUAGUGUGAGCGCGUGCAUAUGUGUGUGAAUCGAGAAACGCAGAGCAGCAGCAACAAUAAUAGCAACAACACUACAACGGCAACGUCAACAGCACGCAACAACAACAGCCACAACGGACGCUGUGAGUGCGACGGAGACGGCGACAGCGUGAGUCAUAUACAAAGUGAAAUGAAAAUGCGGAUAAAGCGAGAAGCGCCGUGUCUUCUGUUAUUUAUGCCAAUCCAAAAUACCAACAACAACAAUCGCAUUGGUGCCAAUCAGAAGGACUAUCCCAACAAGCGGUCCAGGGAGAAUCUGGCAUGUGACGAAGUGACAUCGACGACGUCAUCAUCAACGGCAAUGAACGGCGGCGGACGGACGCCGGCGCUAACCCGCAGCUGCUCCAGUCCGGCGGUCUACGAUAUAGAAACACACCCCGCCUCGCCCGUUUUCCCGCAUCUAUUGCUGGGCAAUGGACGCGACGCCGACGAUCCCAGCAGCGUGGGCGCCAACUGUGUGCUGAACGUUACCUGCCAAAGUCCCAAUGAGAGCCAUCUGCAGGGCCUCAAGUACAUGCAAAUACCUGCCAGCGAUACGCCACAUCAGAACAUCAAGCAGUACUUCCAGGAGGCCUACGACUUUAUCGAAGAUGCACGGAAAACGGGUUCCCGAGUGCUGCUGCACUGCCACGCGGGGAUUUCGCGGAGCGCCACCAUUGCCAUCGCCUACGUCAUGCGGUACAAGUCGCUCUCCCUGCUGGAGGCCUACAAGCUGGUGAAAGUGGCCCGGCCGAUCAUCUCGCCCAAUCUGAACUUCAUGGGCCAGCUGCUGGAGCUGGAGCAGAAUUUGCGCAAGAGCGGAGUCCUGGCGCCCGCAACCCCGCACCUGAAUAGUCCUAGCAAUCCUUCGUCAUCUUCUGUGGGAUUAAGCACCCAAUCUAGUCAACUGGUGGAGCAGCCAGAGGAGGAGGAGAAGCGGGAACAGCGGGAACGGGGUAAAUCCAAGUCGGAUAGCGAGGCUAUGGACGAGGAUGGGUUUGAUUACGAUGAUGUGGACAGCGGCUCCGGCAGCCUGGCGGGUAGUAACUGCUCAUCCAGAUUGACCUCGCCGCCAAUUACCCCGGAUGACGAGGCGCCCAGCACUUCGGCGGCAGCGUCGUCGGUUUCAGAACUAGAUUCACCCAGCUCCACAAGCAGCAGCAGUGGCAUCUGCUCACUGCUGCAGUCCACCAGCUCAUCCGUAUCACCCCGCGCAAUCAGCAAGCCAAAUCUGCUGUCACCCACGCGGCAGUUGGCUCUGUUCAAGCGGAAUUCGCCCGCCAAACUGCGAUUGGAUCUGGAGUCCAGCUAUGCGCCUGCGUCACCCAUCCCAAACACCAUGCCCUGGCUUUCGGUGCCAUCGACGCCCGUCUGCGAGGAGGCACCGGAUAGCAGGAUUAACCAUGUGGCUAGCAAUUUGACGAGGGACUGAGAUAAGGUGCCUGCGGAAAGCCGCCGUCAAGUAGCAGCAGUGAAAAGAAAGAAAAUGUGCACCCAAUUGCCGCAUUCUUUAUGAUCAAAACUAAAAUUGAUAAAGCUGUACGUUUUUCGAAGACUAGUAGAAAAUGAUCAAGUUUUGAUGUAUUUUAUAACUACUUGUUUACUGAAACUAAGGAAUUUUUUACCUGGCUGAAAAAAUUUAGAUUUUAUUAAGUCAGAAACGGCGAGAGGGCUGAUACUUCCUAUUAAACAAGGUGAUGCUAAAUGGUUUCUGAAGCCACCUCUGCAACGUGUAAAUAAAAACGUUCAAUAUCUGUACAUACAAACGUACCUAAAACAAAACACAAGGGAAAGAAAUACCAAUUGCAGCUUAAACUAUGUACUUGCAAUACCUUUUAAGAGCUUUUGUAAUGUAUUUCCUUUUCGCCCCUGAACCAACCAACCACAAAGCGAAAACCACUAAAAUAAUCCAAAACAAGCAACUGGAGAAAUUGUUUAAGAGAAAGAAAACCUCGUACAUGUUAAUUUAGUUUAAAUUUAGUUGUAAGCGAUUCUUAACUUACCUACCUACAUAUAUAUACACACGUAAACUAUAUUAAACUUCACAUAGAACAAUGAAAUCCAAAAUGCACUGCAACUAUUUCUGCUGACUUGCCACACAAAUCGAACCCAACCCAAUUCCCCCAACAAUAUUAUAAACCCCGCCAUAUGCACAGCAAAGAUCUUAUCAAAACUGUUCUAAGUUUUAUCAAUCCGCUAUAGCCACUCUAAUAGUUUAGUUACUUCUUGAAAGUGAAAAAAGUUUGUGUUUUCUAGUUUUAAUUAUUUAUAUGAAGCGAGUGUGUGAGAGGAUUAUGAUUCAUUUCGUAUUAGAUCGUAAGUCUAUUAAGCUAAGCUACACCUGAGCAGUGUAACGCGAAUGCUAAGUAAAAGGAAAUUAUAAUAGUAACC